AAGCGCCCACUCUUUAGUGGUAGCGUCGAUCGAGGACGUGUUCAUGGAGAAAUUCUCUGCUUUCCGGGACCCUGGUACAGGCAUCCAGCCUUUCCUGACACCCGUACCUCCAGUAGGAUCCAACAUCCUCGCAAAUGUCCUUCUUCCGUUUGGUUAUGUCGUCGGAAUACUAAGAAUCACAUUGAUUCUUGCACUUGCUGCCAUUUAUGCUAUACUUGUGCAAGGAGUUUGUCUCAUCCUCACUCCAGUACCACCACUCUACAGAGCGGUUUCUUAUGUCAUAACUGCCUUGCUUGCUCGAUUAGUAUUGCUACUUGUCGGACUAUGGUGGAUCCCUGUGGAACAAGUCACUCGUAAACGCGCACGAGGCUCAAAGUUAUCGGAAUCGUGGAAUCCAAAGGCGGGAGACCUCAUAGUGCCUAAUUGGGCAUCAUGGAUUGAGAUCCUUUGGCUGGCUUUCCGAUUCGAUCCUAUCUUCACCCUUCCUGUAUCAUCCCCAGUGGACCUCACAACCUCCACUUCACAAUCUUCUACCCCAGUGACCAGUACUCCAGGCCGACGCACGGGCACAGGCUCCGCUGCAAUCUCUUCCCCAAGCACACGUAAGGCGACACCUCGUGCGUCCAUUGUAGGCUUCCGACCUGUAUCUCUUCUCUCGAUGAUACUCGCCACUGGUAACGUCCCGCUUGACUCGGAGUCGUGCAAAGAUUACCUUAGCCUGGAGGAAAUCCGAAGUAAGGCGGAUAGGCCGGUUGUCGUCUUCCCCGAGUGCACGACUAGCAACGGAAGAGGGCUAUUGCGAUUUGCGGACGUUUUCAAGGGUGUAGACGUGCCAGUGAAGAAAUUCAAGGUUUUCCUGAUGUGUGUACGGUACGACCCACCGACAGCAUUAGCCCCGACACUCUCCCAGUCAAUCCCAUCUUCAACACUUAACCCACUAAUGCAUAUAUUCAAGCUCACGACUUCCUUUCUCCCACUUACCCUUUCAAUUCGCCUCCUCGCGCCUUCCGAAUCUCCAAGUUCCGGCUCAUUCUUACUGAGCGACUUCCUAACCGGAGGACACUAUGAAGAUCCUCUAUCGGAAUGCUGUGCAGCUUUGAUUGCGCAGAUCGGAAAAUUCAAGAGGACUGGUUUGGGCUGGGAGGAUAAGGCCGCCUUUCUUGAGUUUUAUAGAGACAAGAAGAGAUCAUAGCACUAUUUUAUCUGAUGAUCAUAUUUUUACUACGCCGAGCUGGUAGACGACAUCGGUGAACACCGGACGGUCCUUUUUUCUAUGGCACCCUCUUUUUGGGAUAUAGAUGCUUGCAAUAAAAUGUAUGGCGUGAAUGGAACAAGACUGAAUUCUACUCGUAGCCUCCACACAGUCAGACCGGGCAAAGCUAUUGACACCCACUGACGCAAAUUCGUCACUAUGAG